AUGAAACCGUCAGCAUGCUUCUUCCUCGCUGCAUCCUUACUCCUACCCUCCCUCUCAACCGCCCUCACCUUCGAAUGUAGUCAUAUCCGCGUCAAGGGGAAGAAGUACAACUUUGAAAAGAUUGGAGGACCGCAUACAGUCUCGGUGAUAGAGCAUUCUCCUCCAUCAAUACACAACACCACAUGGGCCGUUGAUCUCUGCGGCACAUUGAAGAAGGACAAAGAGGUCCCAGCCGGUGAUCAAUGUCCUAGUGGAAGCUAUGUAUGCGGGGUGAAAACAACAUUCAAUCGCAAUGAUGACGACAAGCCGCACGUCGACGAAGUUAUUCCGAUAGCGGGAAGCUUUGCAACGAGCACAGGCACGAAUUUGGAUCCGAUAAUCGAGAGGCUUGAGGAUAUUUCCGGUUCGGAUAUGACAGGCCUGAGACUAGAACUACAUGGGGGAACGUACAUGAAACAGAAGCAAGUGGCCAUCAUUGAUUUGCAGUGUGACCCCGAAAGGACCGGCAAUGAGAAGAGCCCGGUCAAGAAGAAGAAGGGAAAGGAUGACGAGGACGACAAAGUGCGCAACGCGGAAUCGGACGAGGGGAACGAUUCAGCAGAUGACGACGAUGACGACGAUGACGACAACAACAGCCUUCGGUUCGUCAGCUACAAAAAGGAGGAAGACCACCAGGUCCUGCGGCUGGACUGGCGAACAAAAUACGCAUGCACAACAUAUGAAGAAGACGACGACUCCGGAAGCGGCAAAGAGGGUACAAGCAAGCAUUGGGGUUUCUUCACCUGGUUUAUCGUCCUCCUCUUCCUCGGCAUCGCCGCCUACCUGAUCUUCGGAUCCUGGCUCAACUACAACCGCUAUGGCGCACGGGGUUGGGAUCUCCUUCCCCACGGCGACACAAUCAGGGAUAUUCCGUACCUGUUCAAAGACUGGUCGAGAAAAGUGGUUAGUACCGUGUCCGGAGGGGGCAGUAGAGGAGGGUAUAGUGCUGUAUAG